GCUACGUCAGGCGUUGUCCCCCCCCGCCAGCCAUGCGUAUUGAGCUUGUUGUUGGGUUGGUUGUUAUGACUGGACGAGGCCUCGGACUAAAUUAGGAGAGAAACCCCAAAUCUCCCCCGUCGCCGCCCCGGGACACCCGCCAUGGAGGGCAUGGACAUUGAUUUGGACCCGGAGCUCAUGCAGAAAUUCAGCUGCAUGGGCACCACUGACAAAGACGUGCUCAUAUCCGAGUUCCAGAGACUGCUUGGGUUCCAGCUGAACCCUGCCGGCUGCGCUUUCUUCCUGGACAUGACAAACUGGAACCUGCAGGCAGCCAUCGGCGCGUAUUACGACUUCGAGAGCCCCAACAUCAACGCGCCCUCCAUGUCCUUUGUGGAGGACGUGACAAUCGGGGAGGGGGAGUCCGUGCCCCCUGACACAGAGUUCACCAAGACCUGGAGGAUACAGAACACAGGCUCAGAGUCCUGGCCCCCGGGGGUGUGUCUGAAGUACGUGGGUGGGGACCAGUUUGGUCAUGUGAACAUGGUGAUGGUGCGGCCUCUGGAGCCUCAGGAGGUGUGUGAGGUCAGUGUGCAGAUGCGCAGCCCUGCCGCGCCCGGCAUGUACCAGGGCCAGUGGAGGAUGUGCACGGCCACCGGACUCUUCUACGGGGACAUGAUCUGGGUGAUCCUGAGCGUGGAGGUGGGCGGUCUCCUGGGCGUGACACAGCAGCUGUCGUCGUUCGAGACGGAGUUUAACACGCAGCCGCACCGCAGCGUGGAGGGGGACUUCAACCCCUUCGCCUCGCCGCAGAAGAACAGACACCCCUCCAGCGAGAGCAGCCUGAAAGACCCGGGGGGGCCCUGGAGCGACGGACCCCCCCCAGACAAAAUCCACCAGGAGCAAAACGGACUGUCGCACAACUCUGUAAAUAUAACGGCAAACGGUCUCCAAAACAACCUGUCGGUAGUGACAUACGGCCAGGUACGUGCGUGCGGAUCGGGGGAGACUCUGGAGUGGGCGGAGUCCUGAAACUUUCUCAACAAGCAUUUUAUUUGGUUGUUUUAGUAGAUGUUUGUCUUUUUUGCUUUUUUUAAUAAUGUCUUGGAAAAUUCGCACUAUUCUUGUCUCACUAUUAAGGUCAUAUUGGUGUUGAGACUAAUAUUUAAUCAGAUUUCCAGUAAGUGAUGCCCAGUUGUUUCUCUCUCCCAUGAGUCAGUCACAACUAGCACCUCUGUAGAUGUGUGUGUACUGUCAUUCUUCCAUAUUGACUAAAAACAAGAAUGAAAUUCCUCACCAAGAAUAUUUUUAUCCAAAACUCCCCCAGAAUAAAGGAGCAUGAUGCAAAUUUUCCCAUCGUUAUUUUUAUCCCUACAAAGAGUGUUGUUGUUUAUAGUUUUCAUAACUGCUGGCCUUGUUCAAUAUUCCAACUACAGCCUUUGAAUUCCACACUGGAGACAAACACAGUGUGUCUGUGAGCAGGGCCACUCGUUUACAGAUGCAACUGAUGUGAUUUGAGGCCUACUGACUGGGCCACUGACCGGGGUCCAAAGUUUGAGCCACACACACCCGGUACCCUCCAAGGCUCCAUUCGCUUACAUUCGCUUACAUUUUGAGGCCUUUCAUUACGUUAUAUUGCAGUCAUUUAGCGACCUACAAUGAAGUGCAAAUCAGACCCAGGGGCAAAUGCGCUGAAAACCCCAGAGGGAAGUACGGUUCCAAGUGCUAGAGCGAUCGCAUGGUUACAAACAUGGAGUUUCCCCUUCAUACAGCAGGAAAUGUAUACAAUGCCAGUUAAGAGGUGGGCUAACAGACUCAAGCAUCUGCACCCAGGACUCUGACCUCUGAACUCUGACCUCUGAUAAAGCAGGACUCCUGUUGUGUCACAUUUCUCCCUACAGAGUAUAAAAUUAUGUCCACAACAGUCUCAAGAGAGAAACUCUGCUGAUUUCCAGGUGGUUUGAAAAAAUGGUAGAAAACAAUGAAAACUUGUGUCUCGCACUGUAUGUAUUCCAGUGCAGUGUGUCACUCGGGAUUUGAUCAGACAACGUGCUGGUGUUUCAGCCCCAAGUCUCUGUCCUGGUUCCUAGAGUAACCCUCCUUCUUUCUCUCUCCCUCUUUCCCUUUCUCUCUCUCUCCCGCAGGGUAUUCAUGGGCCCUAUCCUUUCGGACAGUCUUAAAAGAAGGGGAUCGCCGUCACUGGGCAGUCGCCUUGGGGUCACCCCAAAAAGGGGACAGAGGGGGGUAACAGAAAUUUCAUACUGACACUUGGCCGACCCCCGACCCUUGGCCCCCUACACCCCACCCUCCUCCCCAGACAGCAACAGCGAGGAGAAGAGAACAUUCAGCUGUUUUUGUUCCCUAUAAAUAAUUCAACAUACAUCCACAAGCACCCAAUGUACGCAUGUAUGAAUGCUAAAUUAAAAAGAGUGAUAGAAAUGUUUUAAAAGAGAUGUCAAGUACACAACUUAUUUUUUUUAUUAUUAUUAUUUUGUUUUGUCAUCACGCGAUUAAGUGGAUACUGCUCGAUUGAGACCUAGGGGAGAGCGAGUGUGUGUGUGCUUGUUGCGUGUGUGUGUAUGUGUGUGUAUGUGUGUGUAUGCGUGUGUACGCAUGUGUACGCGUGUGUACACGAGCGCAGGUGUGUACACAAGGGGUGAGAUAGAUUAUGAUGAUGUGAAAAAGCCAUUUAUUUUGCCUGUUGAGUGAUUGGUAGUUUUUGAAUUGAUGUUGGAAAUGUGUUGAAUCUUUUGUCUUUUUUCUUUUUACAUUUUAAUAAUAAUUUGAAAGUGUAUACUCUUUUGGGGGGGAAUUUAUACUGAUGUUUGUUUGAAGUUGUGAUGUGAGUCUUGGGACGCACGUUUAGCAGAAGCUUGUUUCCAGAGUGGCUGACAUGCAUUACAUUUUUUCUACAGUUUGAUAUUUUUGCAGAAGUGGUUCAGUUCAGAUUCAUCACCUUGCACAAGGGUUACCAUACCAGCACCCCAGCCGGGAAUCGAACCCGCAACCUUUGGAAGGCUGUAAUAUCUUCCACACUGCAACGUUGCACAGACUCUUGGGAUUUAUUGUCAUUUUUGUCAAAUCGUGAUUGGAGGUGAUCAUGAGGUUUGUAAGUGUCGCACGCCACGUUUGCCUGAACUGGUUCCAUUGGGCUCCCGGUGUGUGUUUGGCGAGGGUAGACCAGCAGGUGGAGCUGUUUAUCAGAGGACCCAAUCGGGUAAGCGUGUUUCUCAGAUCAGUGUGAACUCACUCUUCCUUUUGUCACCCAGUCAGCUGGGCUUGGGCCUCGCUGCUGUGUUCUGGGCUUUGCCCGGUCCCCGGUCACAUGGUGCUAACUUCCCUGAGUCAGGGCUUACACACGACGCAGACGUGCAGGCACAGGAAGCCACAAGCCGUUAUUGUGCCGUAUCCAAACGUGACCAUAUGCGCUCGGUUGCCCUGAUGGAGGAGAAAUGUGUUCUGUUGCCCUUCAUUUAGUUUGCUUUUUGACUUCAUUUUUCUUGACAGGUCUUGGUUUGUGGAUAUUGUGGAUAAUUGCUCGUAUCAGGGGGAUGGGGGGUGGGGUGUGUUUCUAGGGUGCCAUCUACAGUCCUGCUCUGCUAAAAUGAAAUUCUACUGGUCAUCCACAUUCUAAUAUGCAAUUGAAGAGUUUGUUGGAACCCUGUGAUUAGGGUGUGUUCGUGGUAUCAUGCUCACUCUGUGUAAAAGCAGGAAGCUGCGACAGUGCGUAUGCGCUCAAACCCAUUGAACACACUGAUUUUACUUGUGCACUGAAUAUUCUUUGAACAUUAUGACUCUAUAAUGCAUGUUUUAUUUGCUUCAUGAAAUAUAUCAUUAUAUGGGGUGGUCAGGGAUAUGAGCAGAUUGCAGAUUGUCAUUCUCCAUUUUUCUCCACAAGUUUUCUCCACAAGUUUCACAUAUCAAUUUAACCUUGAUUUUUUAUCAGGCUGGAUUAAGUUUGUGAUCCUUGGUUCCUGCAAGGUGUUCUCCAUGUUCUUGCACUGAAUAAUUAUGUCCCUCUUCGUAUGUGGAUGCUCCGGAAGUAGGUUUGAGGUAGGAAAAGUUUGGGUUCUCUCAGACGGGUCAAAGUUUCUUUUUCUGUGGUUUCCUCCCCUGCAGCAGGUGAGAGAACUUCCUCUCGCCAUCCAGGAGGACUGGUUAUGCCUGGUUUUAGCAGAUUGGCGCUGGGAUUUGUUCUGAUGUAAACUGAUGUCAGACAGGCACCUUGUCCCAAAGAGUAUACACUGAUGCCUUUUUUUGUCUUGUUUUUUUCUUCCUCUUUUUAUUUGGAUUUUUUUGUCCGAGUUUCUGCAGCAUAUUUUGCGUGAGCACGUGUUUGAUUUCUCGCCUAUACUGGUGUUUUUAUUUUCUACUUUUCUGUGUAGCAUUCUGAGCAGGUGAGUCACAAUGAGUGAAGUGGAUGAGUCUUUGUAGAGUUCUAUGAUAGCACAUUUAAGAGAAGAUAAACGAAAAUGUUGAAACAAAGCAGUUUAAAGCCUUUUUCCUGUAUGUAUAAAUGAACAUUUGUAUGAUUAAAUUAACACUGAAAAAUAA